GCUUGGGCACUAUUUAAAGGGAAGUUCCGAGAAGGCAUUGAUAAGCCAGACCCUCCCACCUGGAAGACGCGCUUGCGAUGUGCUUUGAAUAAGAGCAACGACUUUGAGGAGCUGGUGGAGAGGAGCCAGCUGGAUAUCUCAGACCCGUACAAAGUGUACAGGAUUGUCCCCGAGGGGGCCAAGAAAGGAGCCAAGCAGCUUACCCUGGAGGACCCACAGAUGGCCAUCGGCCACCCCUACUCCAUGACGACGCCGUACACGUCCCUCCCAGCCCAGCAGGUCCAUAACUACAUGAUGCCGCCGCACGAUCGCACCUGGAGGGAAUACGUCCCCGAGCAGUCCCACUCGGAAAUCCCGUACCAGUGUCCCAUGCCGUUUGGUCCCCGCAGCCACCACUGGCAAGGCCCAGCUUGUGAGAAUGGUUGCCAGGUGACAGGAACCUUUUAUGCUUGUGCCCCACCUGAGUCCCAGGCUCCCGGAAUCCCCAUAGAGCCAAGCAUAAGGUCUGCCGAAGCCUUAGCGCUCUCAGAUUGCCGGCUGCACAUCUGUUUGUACUACCGGGAAAUCCUGGUGAAGGAGGUGACCACAUCCAGCCCUGAAGGCUGCCGGAUCUCCCAUGGACACACCUACGAUGCCAGCAACCUGGACCCGGUCCUGUUCCCCUACCCGGAGGACAGUGGACAGAGGAAGAACAUUGAGAAGCUGCUGAGCCACCUGGAGAGGGGCGUGGUCCUGUGGAUGGCCCCGGAUGGGCUUUACGCCAAGAGACUAUGCCAGAGCAGGAUCUACUGGGACGGGCCCCUGGCACUGUGCAGUGACCGGCCCAACAAGCUGGAGAGAGACCAGACCUGCAAGCUCUUCGACACGCAGCAGUUUCUGUCAGAGCUGCAGGCCUUCGCUCACCACAGCCGACCACUGCCGCGCUUCCAGGUGACUCUGUGCUUUGGAGAGGAGUUUCCAGACCCUCAGCGGCAGAGGAAGCUCAUCACGGCCCAUGUGGAACCCCUACUAGCCAGACAACUGUAUUAUUUUGCUCAACAAAACAGUGGACAUUUCCUGAGGGGUUAUGAUUUACCAGAACACAUCAGCAGUCCCGAGGACUACCACAGAUCCAUCCGACAUUCCUCCAUUCCUGAGUGAAAACUGUCAAGACAAACGAUUUUUUAAAGUGUAAGUAUUUGACUUUGACAGGGACAGCCAAUGGACUGCGCUCUUUCUUAGCUCCAGAGCUGAGGAUAAUCACAGCUUGCAGCAAGAGCAGGUGUAGAAAAUCAGCUGCCUCUGAUGGAAAGAUGAGCUUACUCCAGAAGGAACUGUAGUCUUCAUGUCCGUCCGACAAGCAGAGCAUUCCACAGUUCCACAGACUGCCAACUUUGGUACUGGGAAAACUCACCACGCCAUGUGUUUACAUUUGCUUAAAUCGAAUCUGGAAUAAGGUUCGUUUUUAAAGACUGAGAAAACUUGUGCUUUGGCAACCUAGGUAUUGUAUCAUUUCUCAGGGAAAUCAAUUGCAGACUGUACUGCACAUGCAAAAGAAAUGUAUUCAUGUUUGUAGGAGCUGUAGUUCAUGUGGAAAUAUUUGCUGAGUGACAGAAGCUGGAUCUUAGGGUGGCCUAUCUUCCCACCUGCCUGGGAUCUCUGCAAGGUCCACCCCUAAACCCCGUUUCCUCUCCUCAGCCUACUCUGGAAGCCAGUUGGUGAACUCUGUUGCCAUUCUCUUCAGCCAAAACACUUUGGGGCUACUUUCGGAUAGGAAUAGUUAUCAUUUUGUCAUUGUUUCUCAUUCUGUAGAAAUUAUUACUAAGACUUUUUUCUUAAAGACGAAGAAGAAAACAAAAAAACAAUCUAAGUACUAAAGAUACAUUUUUUAAGCCUGGUGACAUUUCCCCUCUUCUGUUUGUUUUGUUGGGCUAUUGGUAGUAUCCACGGCAACAUGAGGAGGAGGAGCUGGGGUUCAGGUUGGUGAGCCCUGUCAGAAGACCCAGGCAGGAUUCUACCGAUUGUGUAACUGCACACUCAGGGGCUGUUUCUGCUUAUUUUGUAUAUUAGAUGCUUCCUCAUGCCAAUAAUAGUCUGGCAGGGCCUUAAAAUGACUGGAUUUUUUCCAAAUCUAUUUUUGAAUAGAAUCCAAAGAUCCCUACUUGCUUCAAUUCCCCAGACCCCUUACCUUCCUCUGUGUUUUGGGUGGACGGGGGUCCUGUGUGUCAAUAUUUUUUUCUCCUACUACAAAAUAACAGCAUUACUUCCAGGCUUGGCAAGAGUCAAUAGUUCUCAAACAUGUGGCUCUCUUAUACUAACCAUUAUUCUGCAAUUCAUUCAGCAAGCACAUAGUGAGUGCCCGUGUAUCCUUUGCAUUACACAGGUUACAGCCUUUACAAGUAUAGUAAGCAAUGAAGCCCUGGACAGACAUUUUUUUUAUUUUUAAAAAAGGAUUUUUAAAUACUAAAAUAUUACAUACUGACUAUUGGAAAUGUAAGCAGUCUAGUAGAAGAAAAAAUAAAAGGCAGCUGUUUUUUUUCCAACACAAGUCCUUCCCCAAGAAGUGUCCACAAGAGGAAUUUCACGUUCCCUGCCAGCACAGACUUACCUCACCCCUCUAGCGGCCUGUAGAACCUCGCUGUACCACACCCAGAAGGAUGUAACACGGCUCCUCCACCAUGCAGCGUAGACAUCUGUGGGAGGCUGGUGUGUCCCACAGAUGCAGUAAUGUAUACAUCUUAUAGAUGCAGAGUAUUUAGGGGUAUAUUAUCCUAAGGAAGGUGGAGACAAAAUGAGGCACUGCUGCUUCCCAGCACCCCAGCUCAUCGCCUUGCUCACUUGAGAGCAUGUUGUCCAGUGCCAGCGUUUCAUCAAUGCUCUCUUCGGGCUCUGUCCCUUCCAGGACCCGCUAAGUCUUUGUUCUCCAAGUGAUGCUUGAUUUUUAAUGUUGUGUGAAUUUUUAGAAAAUAUUUGCUGCUUUAACAGUUAAGCCUUGUUUUUUGAAAAAUGUUUGUUGGUUUGGCCCACGACCUCUGAUUGUAUCUUCAUACCCACGUAUAUUGACUUUUUUAAAGUAUGAAAUGCCAGGUAAAGAAUGCUGAUGGUGUUCUCAGGACUUUGAAAAGGAAUGGUUUCCUCAUUCAUUGUCUCAUGGAAUGUGCACACUAGAGUUUAGCUUGUACUGAGUGGAAGACACUGUUGAAGGUUUAAGUACUUGUUAUGCUCAAGAGCUCUGAACCAUCAGGGAGGAACUGUAUAAAUCUCACAGAUGCAUGGUCUUGGUUUUGUUCUUGGAAUUUCAUGUUUACUGAAACUCUGGAUGGUAACUCAUGUCUUCUGGACCACUAUAGAGACCAGGUGACCAACUUGUUUAAAGUUGACACCUUGAAGCACUCUGUCCUGAGCAGAAUAGAAUGGACACCCUGUAGGGAAUCCAGCUGGACAGCUGGGUUUGAGGUAAGAGAGAUUGCUCCAUUGUGAGAAGGAAUGUAAGCUACAAAAGAACAGGGUGACACCAUAUCCAUGAGACUGAGCUUGGGGCCAUAGGUGGACCGCAUUCAUCCCUUGGUGUCUGUUGCUGACCAACAUGACAUGUGACUUCAGUGAGGGUCAGUCCUCCUGGUGUUUAUUUUCACUGCUUUGAGGAACAUGCCCAUAAGUUGUAGUCAAAGUGGAAGAAAGGGGAGAUAUGGAGAAAAAAAGAAGAGAAAGACCAACAGGCCGGUCCUCCAGUGGACACUCCUUUUUUGUUUCAGAUUCCUUGAGGUAAUGAGGUCCACUUCUCUCUCUCCCCUGCCCUGUCCCCUCUUUCCUGAGAGAAGUCCUGGUUGGUAGGACCCUGACUGACCUAGUGUUCUGAGGGUUCUGCCAUGUUAUUGAGACCUUGGCAGAACAUUCUAUGGAUAUUCUCCACACAUGUCAUGGAUGUUGAUGUAAAUUUCACUUUCAAAACAGACUGAUGUGUGUGACAAUGUAAUGUUUUCAGAUAGUUGAUAAAU